GUUCUAUGGUUAAUAAUUAUUGUUAUUUUGUUUUUAUACAUAUUUAAAGGUUUGCAAUUCAAUGACUGGAACAUCCAGUCAAAAAUGUUAUAUUUGACGGUGUAAGCCGACCGAAAUGAAUAACAUUGAGGCAAUUAAAAGUCGACCUGUUAUAAAGGAAAUUACAGAUACGGAUUAUCAACAUUACAUGCGUGGAUACGUUUUUUUUGAAUAUUUUAUCCACUUAUUGUACAAAUUUAAAACGUGGCAGGUUAAAGAUAAAAACAGAGAUCAAUAUAAUGCGCGAAAAAAAUUUGUUCAAAAUAAAUUUCGUGCUGAGAUGGGACUUCUAGUUGAUAUUGCGUGGCAAGUAUUGGUUAGUUCGGUGAAUAAUCUUAAUGAAGCUGAAGAAACUUCUUCGAAUGACAUAUCUAAUGACAAAGUUUGUAUAAUUUGUCAUGAAGAAAAAACAUCAGUUUCUUUUAAUAACUGUGUACACAAAAUGUGUAAUUCAUGUGCAAAUGGAGUACUUCAUAAUUAUUAUAAAAAAUGCCCUAUAUGCAAAAAGAUAAAUACUAUAAUUAUUGGUAUUCAAUCAGAUACUGAUAAUAUUUGUUAUACUUGUGGAAAAGAACCACUGACAGUAGACAUUGGUUGUAAAAAUAAUCACAAAAUGGGUAAUAAUUGUGCUUAUAGAGCGGUUAAUGUCUUAAAUAUUAAAUAUGUUUGUCCAUACUGCAAUUUAAAAAACAGAGGUUACAAAAAUCUCCAUGAUCCUAAAACUUUUCCAAGUGAAGUCGAAAUAUGUGUAUGUAAAUCUGAACCCGUUACACAUAUAUUAAUGCCUUGUUAUCAUCGUAUUGGAAGUAUAUGUUCAUACUAUAUACCUGAUCCUAAAAAAUACUGUUAUAUAUGUCAAAGAGAAAUUGUGAAAUGUUUAACUAUAGAAGAAUAUAACAAAAUCGAGGCAGAAAAAAUAGAAAAAACCAAAAAAGCUGAAGAAGACAAAAAGGCCGAAGAAGCCAAAAAAGCUGAAGAAGCCAAAAAAAAUAAAAAAUAUAGAGCUCUAAAAAUGUUUUUAUGUAAUAAAUAUGGAGAAUCAUCGAGUUUUGAUGAUUAAUAUGAUUCCUUUGAUUUAUUUAAAGAAACGGCAAUGAAUAUUUCUAUAGCACAAUUAAUCACGGAAAUAUUUUUAAUGAUUUAUUUUUGAUUCAAAGCUCAAUUUAUAAUAGCUUUAUAUUUACUUUUAUUAUAAAGUGAUAAUUGUAGUAAUAAUAAUUUAACUGCCUUUAAAAUUUCAUCUUUAUUUUAAUUAAUUGUGUUAGCUUUUAUUAUAGU